CCCGGUUGGACACUCCGUAACGCGGCCAGAGCUGCGGGGCUUUGGCACUGCCGCUGCGGGAGAAGGAGCGUCGCCACGCUCCGAACCUGUAAGGAAAUGAAGCUGAAUAUUUUAUUCUUUAAAUUAACGAUCGUAUUGUCCUCUCGGCUGCGAGUUCCCAGCUAUUCCUGCCCCAGGCAGGGCAUGGGGACCUGGAGCUGCGCUCUGCACCUGCAGCCAUGGAGUAGAAAACCGUAAUAUCUCUCGGUUCAUUACAGGGGCUACUUAAUUAACGCUGGUUUGCCUCUCCACUGGGGGGGAUGAAGACUGCCCAGGUGCUGGUGAGGGGGAUGAAAUGGUAAAUUUAGCAGUGUGGCGUUCGAGGGGAAGGUCCUGGAGGGUAAUUGUUAAUUUCCUUACACUUUUUGGAGAACGUAUCUGUCAUCAUCCCCUUUGUGCCACUGGGAGUAGUCUUGUGGCUGUGCUCAGGAUCCACGUACUCGCUCCCACUGUGGUCACUACAAGGGGAAGCCGGAGAAAACCACCCCAGCAGGAGAAGCCCAACCUCCGUGGGUGGUGGAGAAAUAACCUGAUGGGGUAAAAUAACACGGUGGGACAGGGGAGCGGUAGGGUGGACUGGGACAGAGGGAGAUGGAAGGCCGGAGACGGAGAUGAUCCCGCUGCCGAGCCAGGCGGCUGGAGGGCAGCGGCAGGGCUGGCAGGUCGAGAUGGAGUUGGCAGGAGAAAAAGGAAAAGCAAAAAUGCAGGAGUGUCUCUUAUUUCUGUUCUCGGUCGGCACAGCUCCCAGCUUACUUUCCAUGAGGCAUCCCGAGCUGCUUUCCCUGUCCUGCUGCUCCAAAGCUCCAAACUGGCAGCUCCGGCAGAUCUGAGCCCCACAGCUUAACCAUUUCACAGCCAGGUUCCCCAUUUUCUCUGUACCAAAGCUCCACUGUGUCUGCCACAGGGCACAGUCACUUAAAAACUCACAGCAUCUUCUAAGUCAGCCGGUGCAUCGCUGUGGGGCUGGGCAAGAGGACCUAGAGCCUGGGGACAGGUUCUUCUGCCCAGAAGCACAACCACAGCACAUUUCUUUCCCCUACAGGUCUGACGGUCUGAUUUCAAGGCACAGAGAAGCAGCAUCGGCCACAGGAGAGCAGCAUGGCUCACAGUCAGCUGCCCAAUGACUCCUGGCAGAAUGGCUCAGCCGCCCUCUUCACCGGCCUGGACCUCCUCCUGGAGCUGAAGCCCCUCUUCAUCCCACUCUACGCCACGCUGGUGGCGGUGGCGUGCACGGGGAACCUCUUCCUCAUCCUCCUCAUUGCUCUCACCAAGAAGCUGCACUGCACCACCAAUUUCCUGAUUGGGAACCUGGCAGCGGCCGACUUCAUCAUGUGCCUCGCCUGCGUCCCCCUCACUGUCUCCUACGCCUUUGAGGUGCGGGGCUGGCUCUUUGGGAUGUUCAUGUGCUACUUUGUCACCCUGAUGCAGGCCACCACCGUCUUCGUCUCAGUGCUGUCCCUCACUGCCAUUGCCAUUGACCGAUACAUUGUGGUGGCAUAUCCUAUCCGCAAGAGGAUAAGCUGCAGGUCCUGCAUCUGCCUCGUGGCCUGCAUUUGGUUACUCUCCAUCAUGGCCUCUGUUCCCACAUCGCUACACACCCACUACCUGGAUCUCAACACCAUCGGCCAUGACAUGAUCAUCUGCGAAGAGUUUUGGAAGAACAAAGAGAGAGAGCGGCUGCUCUACUCAUGUUUGAUGCUCCUCUUGUCCUACAUGCUUCCACUUCUGGCAGUAUCGGUCUCCUUCUGUGCCAUCACCUACCACCUGCGGAGGAGGAACGUCCCGGGCGCUGCCUACCCCUGCCAAGACAAAUGGACCAGAACAAAGCAGAAGACCUUCCGGGUGCUCACAGUCUCGGUGGUGUGCUUUGCUAUCUGCUGGCUGCCCCUCCAGGUGGUGAACUUCAUCAGAGACAUUGACGAGGAGUUCACCAUACUGGACAAGAGGUAUGUCAAUGUUAUCCAGGUCUCAUGUCACCUGAUUGCCAUGAGCUCUGCCUGCUACAACCCUUUCAUCUAUGCCUCCCUCCACGACAAGUUCUGGUUCCACCUCAGCAGCUACUUCUACCGCAAGAAGAAGAGCUCCAGCAGUAUGUCCUGCAAGGCUUCUCGGUUCAAUACCUGCUCCACCCUGGUAGAUGCUUCUACUGGGGUCUCGGAUAAGAUAGCUUUGCAAACUAGAUUAUCAUAACUGAAGGACCUCCAGAGAUUACUUUUGCUUUUGUACCUGGUGUGAAUUUUUCUUUAGACUGGACAUGAGAGCUGGUUGCUGGCUGUGGUGGUCUCUUGCUGUUCCAAGAAGAGGUCCCUUGUGCCUGGCAAGGACAGUGAGCACAAGGGAACAAACCGAUGGGUGUUGUGUCCUCGAGGAGCAGCUCUUCUGAGCAGCUCAAGGAUGUUUUGUUCUUUGGGGAAAACAAACUGGUGCAACAACAAACAGCACAGCCAGGCAAAGGCAGAGUAAUUUGGAGCAGGACGUAUUUCCACCUACCCAAGUCACAAGAGCUGGAAAGACAUGUCAAUGAAACAACAGUUGCUUGGCUUGCUGAAACAGAGCAAUGGAUGAGUAUCUGAGUAUCCAGGUUAAUGACUGGACACACAACCAGCCUGAUGCAGUUCUCUUAAGCCUCACCUUUCAGAAAUGUCUCCGCAUUGACAUGGCCAAAGCCUGCCUCCGUUUCUGUGCUUGCCCUACAUGCCGAGGAGGAACACCCGAGCCAUACCCCUGUGAGCACCAGGCCAUGCAGCCAGUGCCGUGUGCUGGGGCAGUGGGGUAGGGGAGAGGGGGCUGCCUGGGAUGAGCAAGUUUCCAUCUGGCUUUUGCAGACCUUAUCUCUGGUGAGAUGUGAUGUGAGCAUCAUGACUGGGUAUAAAGAAUGUACCUUCUAGCUCACAUCGUGGCUGGGCAUGGGGCAUAUACCCUUACAGCUCAAAUCAUGGCUGGGUAUGGGUUAUACACCCUAUAUCUCGAAUUAUGGCUGGGUAUAUUAGGUGACCAGUGCUGUGCUUGGAACACAAAGACUUCUCCCUGUGGUUUAUUUAGGAGGUGGGUCAGCUUCUAAGCAAGACAAACACAUGUGGGGCGCAUUUAAAGAACUCUUUGGAGAGCAUAAGUCUUCAUUUUGUAGGAUAAAGAUUGUUCCUAAGCAACAGAUAGCACUUUCUGCCUCUGAAAUAACACCGGCUCUCACAGGUAGCAGUAAAUAGCUGUGCGUUUUUUCUUUUAAAUUGUGUUUCAUUGGUGGAAGAACAAUAUAUCUUCAGAAAUGUGCAUUCAUCAGCUGGAGACAGUGUGGGAGCACGUGGCCACUGGAGGCAGGUGGCUGGUUUUGAAUGGUGGUGGCUCAUAACCUGCUUGACUUUCUGAAAAACUCAUGUCUGUAACCAGGCUGGAUGGUCCCAAUUUCUCCAGCUGCUCGCGAGCAGCCAAACAAGGCAGACAUCAUAACUAGGCAUGUCGGUGAAUUUAUCGCUGUUCUUCACAGUGAUGGGAUGGGGCGCCCAGAAAGAUCUCAAGCAAUGGGUUUGCUGGGGAAGAUGCCCCAAUCUCUGCUCUUAGGGUAGUUUAAGAUCAUAUAUGUUCAUGUUCAAGCUCCUUGGGUGGAGGUGGGAAUCCUGGCGACGGGCUGCUCUAACCCAGAAACUGCCAGAUAAAAGGUGGAUUUGAUUUUUGGAUGCUGCUUGGUGUCUCCAGAUGCCUGGUGAAGCUGUGGCACAUCAGCCAGGUCCAUGCAAGCAGCACACUGAGAAGGCAGUGUCUCCUUGUACCCCAACUCAAUUUUAACCUCUUGAUUUUCCAGGAGGAACCCUCUGGGGACAGCCCACAGGCACCAGCAUCGCCAUAAGCACCAAGUCUCAGGGUCAUGACAGCUUCUGGCCACCCAAGGCCAUGCCUUUGGCUCACCAUCAGCUGCUGUGCUCCAUGGGGCCAAGCCAUGUAUGUCGCACGGCUCUUUGUGCCCAGGGACAGGACUUUAAAGUCCCCAGGUGACAUCUUCUCACCACUGCAUGAAAGCUGUCCGUGGUGUUGGCUGUCACUCCUGCUUUCAGGGAGCAGCUUGGCAUCCUCCAGUGCAGAUGCAGCUAGUCGGACUCUAAGAGGAUCUCUAAUUCCCUCUCGUUAUGCCCAGGCAUGAGCUACUGCCUGCUUGCCUUCCUGCUAAGACCUUUACAGUGGUCCUAAAAGGACCAUAUUAUCUUCUGUGGUGCAACCAGUGGAGACAGGGACCCAUCAAAUGCAAAGUGACAUGGAUGCUUGUGACCUCCAUCGUGUACCCGCAAAGCAGCUGAGCCUGCCUGCUUCGCCCAGCUCUCCCGUGGCCGCGCAGGGCUGUGCUCGCGGCAGAGGCUGGAUUCCUCAUCCUGGAGGAGCAAAGCAAACCAGAAGCUUGUCCUUCCUUCUAAUAAAGGCUUAGAAAGCGCAGGCUGUGUGCUUGUAUUGAUUCAGAUCCAACAGGAAUAAGCUGUCCUCGACUGCAGCUUAGUCACAUCCCAGGAAGACAACCAACUCAGACAU